AGCAUCUUCUAAGCGAAUCUUUAUAAAAGAAGAAUUGCGAACGCCCGUGCUGACGGCGCUGCUUAAUCUUCGUGUGCUUCUUUACCCCUCUUUACACGUGUAUUUCUCCUUUGUCGAAUUAUGUAAAACGAGCGACUGCGCAAGUAAACACAUCUUCCGCACGCUUGAGCUAACAAUCACAUCUAAAUACCAUAGAACACUAGUAGACCGCCAACGGCGCAUGCGUUUGUGCCGUAACCUUCUCACACGCAUAAGCAUAUCUAUAUUCGUAUAGCUGAUAGACUUUAAAAAUAACCACAAAGAUAGCCUUUUGAAUUGAGUGGUGUCUCUGCUCUGUUCUCGCCACAUCGUUCUUCCCGCCCACCCCUUCCGAUUUCACAAACAUACAUUCACCAUGAUUACUGCUCGAUCACCUUUUCAGAUCUACAAGGCGGGGAGCGCCAACGGGUCCGUCUCUAGCUUCAACUCGCUGCCCAAUGAGGACGUCCUCCCCUACAAAAUCGCCUCAGCCGAGGAAACACUGGUUGCCUCGCUCGCGAUUGUUGAGACGGAUGCGGCCCAAAAAGAAAAGUACGCCGUCUCGACGCUGCACGCGGCCAGCUCCUACGUCUCGCACCUCGUCAGCUACGUGCCUCUCUUCUCCCGCUCGCAAACAGCAAAGAAGAUUGACAUCCACUACGAUGCUAUCGUGCGCACGGUCAUGCUCUUUGGCACCGACGCAGCGCUCUUUCACAGUGUGAAGAGCAUGGUAUUAACGAACGCACCGGCGAACCAGGUGUCGCUGAAGGAGCUCUCCGACCUGGAGGGAGCCUUCACCGCCAUGGAGAAGGAGUACCGCCAAAGAGCCAAAGAUGCCGGCGCAAGGGUCGACAUGUUGAGAAAAGUGGCACCGGAGCCGGCGGCGGUGGUGUCUUCUUCGACGCCUGUCACGACGCAGAGUUCGCCCGCCUCCUCGCCGACCACUGCAGUGGCCAAUGCUGGUGAGGAGGUUCGUAGCGAGGCGGUGCCUCUACCGCCCAGCAAAGUCAACGGCAACUCGCCCGGCAGGCGGCGGCCUCGCUCCCAGCCUGACGAGCCGAGCGCACAACGAGAAGUGGACGGUGUGGACGACGUUGAGGCGAAGAUGCCAAAAACGGAGACGACUGCCGACGCGGCUGAUGCUGCAGCGGCCCCCGAAACAGCGACCGCUACGGUCCCUCCCGCCACGGCCUUUCGAUCCUCUGCGAAACCGCGCAAGGCGAAAGCUUCAGGGGGUGGUCUGGUGUGGGGCCGCCUACGCGGGCUGACGAGCAACGAGAAGAAGGCCGUUGGCGUCCUCCAGGCGAUCAUCCAAAUUCUCGCUCACGUCUACGCCACCAGGUUCAACGACCUAGUCCCGCUGUUUGACUUGCUGGAGGAAAAGGUGAAAGCGGUGCAGGCGAUCAUCGACGCGGAGCGCGCACAGUACAAGGUGAGGGAGGAGAAGAAGCCACCGGAGCCGUUCCACGAGGUGGACCUCGCGGCACUGCGCACGGCGCUGGAAACGUCAAGUCACAUCUUCCGCACCGACGAGGAGUGCCGGUACGAGUUGGACGAGGAUUUGCUGCACCCCAUCGCCCACGAGUGCUUGACCGUCAUCAACCAAAUCGAAGGCUACGACACGGCGCCCUUCACCGCACCCACCCCAGAGGAGCUGGAGAAGAAGCAGCAGAUGCGCGACGCGGCUCGUGCGAAGCGCGAAGAGGUGAAAAGACGAAUCAUCGAGAAGGCCGAGGCGAAGGCCGAACUAGAGCGCAAAAAGGAAGAUGAAAAGCAAUUCAUGCGACGUCGCCUUGGUGACACCGCGGACGACGAGGAAGACCUGGAGGAGGAUACGGCGCUAGCGAGCCCGUCAGCUCUGGGCUACGUCGCCUACGCGCAGGAGUUGCCGCUGGGCAGUUCUGCGCUCUAUGAGAAGGCACUGUACGUGUGGAGCAUGCUGGUGUCUCUCCCUCGCCCCCUCAACCUUUCUCAAAUGUACUUCGCCACCUUUCUUAAAGGUAUCCUGUGCGAGGAGCAAGACUCCAACGGCCUCAUGGAGGAAAUCACGAAGUGCCUGCUAGACGUGUCGAUGGAAGUGGUGCGUGUGAGUUCGCCCAGCCUGCCGCGCAUCACCACACGCGGCAAGAACUGGUUCGACGCACUGGUGGAGUUUGUGGGAGUGGCCAGUGGCAAUAAAAAGAAGCGGCAGCAGCAGCGCCGCCGUGAGCCGAGCACCGACGAGGAAGAGGAGGGAGAAGACGAGGAGGAAGAUGACGAUGAUGUCUCGAGUGACGACGACGAAGAGCGCGCGGAAAGCAGCAGCGAUACCACCAGCGGCGGCAGUUCUUCUAGCACGCAGGAGGAGGAACAGGCUGCUGAAAACGUGGCAGAGAAUGAAGCUUCUAAGCCCACCAUGCAAACGACCACCGGGGAUGAAAUGCAUGAGAAGAGCGCCACAACAGCAACAGCUGUGCCGGAGGUGGAGGGGGAGAGCGCAAACAAGCCAGAAGAGGCGGCAGCGGAGGAGGAGACAGACACCGAUCUCUUUACCUUGGAGCUCAAAGCGACGAUGGAGAACAUCACGCAGCUGCGCUCUCUGGCGACGUGGGGCAACGUCGACAUCGUCGACCGCCUCAACCUCCUCCAGUUCUGUGUGCAGGAGGCGCUGGGCAGCGAGGACGUUCGCAUUGCGGCGGACAGACUGCAGAAGGAAAACGAAGACGAAGUGGCCAACACGGACAAGCGGUUGAAGGAGAUUCGCGACGAUGCGGAGAAGGAGCUGAAGGCGCUUCUGCGCACGCUGCCUUCCGUCACGGCCACCGUGGCCGGCGCGAAAAGGAAGAGCAAGAAGAGCGUUGCUGCCGAGCCGAAAAAGAACGGAAGAAAGACAUCAGCGCUUUCGGAAAGGAAGGGACAAAAUGACGAUGUGACGGCGGACGAACGGGGCGACGCAGCUGCCGACGAGGCGGAGGCAGUAGCAGAGGAUGACGUGGACACCUCGAAGAACCCGCAGGAAGAGGCCGAGAAGAACUACGAGGCGGAGCGCGAGAAGAUUCUGAAGGCGGUGGAUCGUAAGCGGGCUGAGGUCUACGCGCAUCUCUUCAGCAAAGCCGACGGCAAGGAUGAGGGGGCUAUCGUGCAACCCCUCGGCAUGGACCGCUACCACCGUUUGUACUGGCGCUUUCCCAUGGAGCGGGUCGUGUACGUGCAGACCGUGCCGACCCUGACGGCGGUCAAUUUUCCGCUGCUGCCCGAGCCGGAGGAGCUGCGGCGAAGCCACGCCAUGCGCCGGGCGGUGCUGCUGGACGACGAGGACGUGGAGCUCCCGACGCGUUCGAAAGGCGUGACGACACCAAAGCCGCCGACGAUGGCAGCCGAUGAGUCAGGGAAGGCAAGCGAGCAGGAGGAGCGGGCAGCGACUCAGACGGAGUGGGGCGUCAUCCCUUUUGAGUAUUUGUCCGCGUUUGUGCAGACCCUCGACCGGCGCGGCAUCCGUGAGGCGCCGCUGCGGCGCGCCCUUGAAGCCCUCGCUCCCUAUCUGGAGGGGCUGGAGGAGGUGAAGGAAGGCCGCGUAACGCGCUCUCGCGCGAGCAUGUUUGGCUAUGUGAACCGCCUGAAGGUCGACUUUUCUUAUUAG